AAAGUACAUUACCGCGCCUCGGGGCGGGGCUGGGGCUGGGACUGGCGCUCGCGCGUCCCGUCCCGUCCCGUCCCGUCCCGCCCGGUAUAUAUCCAACUCACGUAUCUAUUUAUCUAUGUACGCGCUGACGGCACGGCGCACUCGCACCCACUGCAUCCACACCCACACUCACACCCACUACACCCACACGCGUACGCCCACUACACUCACACACGUACGCCCACACACGUACGCCCACACACGUACGCCCACACACGUACGCCCACACACGUACGCCUCCCUCGUCCGUCUGCUAUGCCAUGCCAUGCUAUCACGCCAGUGCCGCCCCGUGCUCACGCCCUUAUAUAUGCUCCCAUGCUCCCCUGCUCCCCUGCUCCCCUGCUCCCCUGCUCCCAUGCUCCCCUGCUCCCCUGCUCCCCUGCUCCCCUGCUCCCCUGCUCCGCUCUACUCUGCUUACUCUGCUUGCUCUGCACACACCACCAUCACCAUCAUCACCACCACCAUCGUCACCGCUCAUCGUCAUCGUCAUCGCUAUACCCCCCACAUACCUCCCUCUUAAUUUAUCAACGACCGAGAGCCCGCUCGAACGUCGAACGUCGAACCCUCGUGGGCUCGUGGCCCCAACCUACCCACCACCACCACCACCACCACCACCGCGCGCAUCCAUCGGCGCCGCGCUCGCCCUCGGGUGAUUCGUGCGCUGUGCCUAUGGUGGCUCGUACCUGCCGAACGAAGCAUGCAUAGUGCGCGGAUUUGUCUCGCGGUAUCUCUAGUGAUAUGU